AUGGAAGAAGUUGGUGAGGAUUAUUUCCUUUCUCUUGUUUCAAGAUCAUUAUUCCAACAAACAGGUGGUGAUAAUUCACGUUUUGUAAUGCAUGAUCUUGUCAAUGAUUUGGCAAAAUUUGUAUCAGGGCAGUUUAGCUUCAGGCUAGAGGUUGACCAUUCUCACGAAAGUGUCAACAAAACUCGUCAUUUGUCGUAUUUCCGAACAGAAUUUGAAACCAUCAAGAUGUUUGAGGCUCUAUCUGAGGUUAAGAAGUUGCGUACUUUCCUGCCAUUAGAACUGUUAUUGGGGCACCAGUACUUAACCAAAAAAGUACCACAUGAUUUAUUGGCAAUGUACAGAUGUUUACGGGUGCUCUCUUUAUCUCACUAUGACAAUGUUACUGAGUUGCCUGAAUCAAUUGGAGAAAUUAAACCUCUACGAUAUUUAGACAUUUCUUUUACAGCAGUUAAAAGAUUGCCUGAUUCCAUAUGUAUGUUAUGCAAUUUGCAAACACUGAAACUAUUAGGUUGUAAAGAUCUUGUUGUAUUGCCAAGAGAUAUGAACAAACUCAUAAACUUGCGACAUCUUGAUAUUGCUGGAACUGGCAUAAAGGAGAUGCCUAUGCAACUUGGUAGACUAAUUUUUUUGCAGGCGUUGAAUAAAUUUGUCAUCAGCAAAGAGAAUCCAUCUUGCAUCGGGGAAUUGGGAAAACUCAAAAAUCUUCGAGGAAAGCUUUCUAUUUUGGAGCUCCAAAAUAUUGUACUUCCUAAGGAUGCUUUGGAUGCAGGCUUGAAUAAAAAGUACAUUGAGGAGUUGGAGUUAGAAUGGAAUGCUUUAGAUGCUAAUAUUUCAGAAAAUCAAGAAACCAUACUUGACAGUCUUCAGCCCCAUACAAACUUGAAAAGUCUCACCAUUAACUGCUACAAUGGUAAAAGUUUUCCAAACUGGGUAGGGCAUCCCUCGUUCUCUAAAAUAGCAUCUCUUCAUCUAAAAAAUUGUAGACAUUGCUGCAGUAUGCCACCGCUUGGGCAACUUCCCUCUCUGCAAGAUCUCUCUGUUGUUGGGUUCGAUGGAGUUGUUACAGUGGGUGCUGAGAUUUAUGGCAAUGGUUCUUCUUCAAUGAAACCAUUUAAAGCCUUGAAAGUUCUGAGGUUCGAGCACAUGUUGAACUGGGAGGAAUGGGUUUCUUAUGUUUCUGAAAAUGAAGGUGGAGCUUUUCCUCAUCUUCAAGAACUUUAUAUUAAAAAUUGCCCCAAGUUAACAGGAGGGUUGCCCAUCAAUCUUCCUUCUUUGGCCAAACUUGUGAUCUAUAGAUGUCCUCAGCUGGUAGCUUCACUCCCAAGUACUCCUGCUAUAUGUGAAAUGAAGCUGACACAUUGUAAUGAGGCCCUGUUAAAGGAAUUGCCAACUGGAAUGGAGAAGCUCAAACUUGCAGAAUUCGAUGCACUAGAGUCCCUACCCUCUACAUUAAAAAGGCUUGCCAUUAAAAACUGUAGGGAACUCCCAAUACACCUGGGGGACAUUUCAUCCCUUGAAAUGUUGUGGUUGGAAAAUUGUGGUGGUUCUCUCAAGUCCUUUCCAUUAGACUUAUUCCAAAACCUUUAUGAGAUCAGAAUAGUCGGGUGUAGCAAUCUAGAAUCUCUUACAACAGAACAACCUCAACAUCAUUUAGUGGCCUUGAAGAUAAUUAUCCAAAAUUGCUCAAAGUUCGAAUCUUUUCCAGAAGAGGGACUGCAUGCCCCCAACCUUACAUCGUUUUCAGUCCUAAACUGUGGGAAACUAUAUUCACUGCCUAAGAAAAGGAGCCAACUUUCAUCUCUUAAGACUUUGAAUAUAGAAAAUUGUCCAGAAAUUGAGUCGUUUCACCAAGGGGGCUUGCCUUCCAAUCUCAAUGAAAUUUGCAUCGAAGGUUGUGACAAACUCAUUGCCAGUCGGAUGGAAUGGGAUUUGCAAAACCUCUCCUAUCUUGAUUAUUUGUUUGUCGGUAGCAAAUCUGAAGAUGUAGAGUCCUUUCCAGAAGAAGGGUUGCUGCCCAACAGUUUGGCCCGUCUUUGCAUCUCUGAUUUUCCAAAGUUGGAAUCUUUGGGCAAGGGGCUUCAACACCUCACUUCUCUUGAAAAACUGUGCAUCUACCGCUGCCUGAAUCUCAAGUACAUGCCAGAAGAGAAGCUGCUUGCCUCCCUUUCACUUCUACAGAUUGAAGGAUGUCCCUUGUUGAAGAAACAAUGGAAAACGAAAAAAGGAAAAGAAUGGUGCAAGAUUGCUCACGUCCCCAGCAAAUGGAUUGAUGAUGAAUUUGAUUUGAAUGAGUAAAAGUCUCAAUUUAUCAGCUUUUACGAUCAGCUAGUCUGAUAUCUCCGAGAUGGUAUAAAGGUUCUGUUGAGACAUCUUUUGGCUUUGGAUGCAAGCUUGUGUAGCUUCACCUUAGGCCUCUGCUGUAGGUGUUCCAGAGCUUUUUGUGCACAACUAACUUCCUGAAGACAGUUUGGUCAGUCAGUCAUCUAAAUAUGAAGCUGCAAUAACAAUAAUAAAAAAGAAAAGAAAAGAGAAAGAAGCAAGGCUAUGGCUUUUGAAAAUUCUCAGACACACGGUGGAGCAGUAUAUGGUGCUGAUCAAUCCAAUUUUGGUUUGGUUGAUGCCUCUCAAUCAUAUUAUCAGAAUAUCAGAGUGCGAUUUUGAAUGUCAUAAAAGGCUUUGACUUCUUUCACUGAACAUCAAUUGGUUUUCAGAUAAGAUGGUCAAAUGCCCGAUCCAACAGAUUCCUACUUAUGUGUUCUUCCAAAUGAUGUUUACUGUUUAGAAACAGCGCCACCACAUUUGCAGCCAACUGUUCCUAGCGCUCUGCCUAGUGAAAGUUAUCAACAUUCUUCUAAUUCUCCUAAUGGAGGCAAAUAUGAUGCUCCAGCACCCAAUAUAUUCCUUCAGUCCCAGACACCUUCCCAGUUUCCCCCAGUUCAUCAAAAACUUGUCAUCAGAGCAUUGACAAGACAAUGAGGCAUCAGAAGCACUUGGUAGUUCACAUAAAAUUUGGCUAAGAAGCAUGAAAUAGAAGACAAUUCUUUGGAAUUAGGUGCCUCGUUUGCGAAACUUAACCUGGGGCCAUAUAAAAAAAUGCCUGCUGAUAAGCUUGUUCAGCUUUACCAACUUUGGACAAUGGCAUUUUCAGUACGUACUGCUCUUUAAAUCCAGUUCAGGUACUACUUAUGACAAGUAAGUGGGAUAAGUACAAGUUCUGGCUAGUUACAGUAAAGCAAAUGAUCAAGAGACAAGACAGAAUGUGAGAUUAAAUUAAAGAACACAGCGAUUUUUUUUACUAUAUGAUUCCCAUAAUGGAAACUACAUGGUGUCAUAUUCUGAGUGAGGAAGUAACACUGAUUUCUAGAACAAAGUCCUCAUGGCGGAGUCUAAGCGAACGGAGCGGAGCCCAUGAGGCCUACUGCAGCUUAAUUUAAAUUUGUUAUGCUGGGAUUGAAUAAUAGGUUGGGGGUGCGGGGGGAUGAAGUACCCUUGGUAUAUGUAGGAAAAUGACUUGUAUUUUGCAAGUCUUAUAGCCUUUUAUUAUUGUUAUCAAUUUCUCACUUCUUUUGUCUCACAUGCAGCUUUCUUCAUGAGGAAGGAUUUUGCUUCCUCAAUUGUGAAGAACUUUGGCCGAGUAGCAUUAAUUUAUGAGAGGGAAGCAGCUUUCUUCAAGAAGAAGGAUUUUGACAUUGCUUCAUGAAGCAAUGUGAGAAAAGUGAGAGAGAGUAGAAAGGCAGCAGCAGCUCGCGUUAAGGGAAAAAUAUGUGAGAGACAGCAGCAGCCCUUGUGUGAGAAACGCUGCAGCGUUUGUUAGAGGAAAAAAUAAGAGUGCAACAAGCUUUAAGAGAAUUUAGAGAAUAUUUCUCUUUUGUAUUUAAUUCUCUUUUGUGUGUUUGUGAGCUUGGGUGUAUUGGGGCUUUUAGGUUUGAGUGGUUUUAUUUGUACUACUCUUUGUACUCUCUCCUUUUGAUAGUGAAUUUCUCGUGGAUCGUUUCCGCUAGUGGAUGUAGGCUUGUUAAGCCGAACCACUUAAAUCUUGGUGUCUCAUGAGAUUGUGUUGUUAUGUUCUAUUCUAUAAUUUUUUGCUUCUUUGGUGAUCCCUAAAAUUAGGGAUCAAUGCAGCAGAUUACGGU